AUGGCCGAACUGGAGAAUGAUGGUGAGAGCGCUCACUCAGCCGAGACUGAGACCACAGACGUGCAUGAGCCUCAAACCGCACCUCAUUCACAACCACAAUCAGCCUUCUUCUCAGCUCUGCCCCUCGAGAUCCGGCGAAAUAUCUACAGCGACCUCUGGCAAGCUGCCGGACCAAUCCAGCACGUGUAUAAAUCAAGUGCCUCCCCAUUAGCACCCCUCUCCCACUGCCGAUGCAUUGCCGACCUAGACGCCGAAGACAUCCGCGAAACCGAGCUCUCCCGCGUCCUCAACACGCCGCCCGCGGACCCGUCAACACUACAGGAAGGCGUCGGACCGGGAUCCGCGGAGGAAAAAGAGACGAUCAAUACUUGGCGCUUCCGUACCGUUUCGUCGUGGUGUAAUCACUGGACUUGUGAAGAGGAGCCACCUAUCCUGCGAGAACUCGAGCAACUCUCGCUGGAAGACGAUAAGCGGGAAAAGUCAAAGGAUGGCUCCAAGGGAAAGCGACGCCAAAUCCUCGUCAAGGAGUUCAGCCCAUUCCUAGCCAUCCUUCUUACCUGCAAGCGCAUGCAUCACGAAGCAGUCGACUCCAUCUACAACGACACAACCUUCUCCUUCAUCAACACAGACGCACUCGCCCGCUUCCUCGGCACCACAUCCACAACCUCCCUAUCCCGCAUCAAGAAGCUCCACUUCACAUGGCGAGCCCCAAUAGAGACAUACAUGGAUCCCGAAGAAGACGAAGUCGUCGCCGAAAGGAUCAAAUGGAACGACACAUGGACGUCCGCCGCCGAAAAGCUCCCGCGCCUACAGGAGCUCCGGAUCUGGGCGUACCCUUACUACGCGCGCUAUCCGACCCCUUUUGAGGAGUGGUUUGAGCCGCUGCACCAGUUUGGGCGGAACAAGAUGCCCGUGUCGCGGUUCCAUAUCUCGUUGCGCUGGUUCCAGAAUCUGCCGGAGCCGGAUACAGGGCCGCUUGAGUUUUUGGAGGCUGCGCCGUUUGGGUAUGAGAGGAUUCCGCCGUGCCAGGAGAAUCCGUUGCACUUUCACUGGCGGAGGUUGAUUGGGUUAGGGCCGGAUGAGCCGAGAGUGCCGAUUACGAGGAGGCAGGGGAAGAGGAGGUAUGUUGGGAGGGCUUUGUGA